UUAAUAAUAUUUGAUGAUAUUUUUAUAUAUUAUCUUUUUACUUGUUUUUUUUAAUGAAUGAAACACACCAAAGCGCAGCAAACUGCAAAACACCAGGUGUUGUUAAGUAAUGAACUGGAGGAGGGCUAGGAUGGCAGAAUUUGCAACCUUGCGUCAAGGAAAGAUAAGGCCUGAUGAACGGGCACAUGUCACCCGUGCAGGCGGCAGAGACAGUGGGAGUGUCAGCCAGACAUAGUUAAGGCAAAAAGCCCAACCAUCCUGCAUGGUUUUAAAGUAACGUCAAAAUUCGAAAUUCAACAACAGAGUAGGCUAAAGUAUCGAUCCUCGCGCUCGCUCAAAUUGGAGACCAGGCUGCGAGCUACAUCAAUGAACCAUUGCCCAUUUGCUAAUCCAAUACUGAAUGUUAAUAUUACUGAAGUCAAAACGAAUUCUAUGACCUCAGCACAUGGGCAAAUAAUAGGGCAGUGUCGACUCAAAGGCAAUGGAAGAAAACAGAGGCGCCUUUGUCUAAAUCACAACCACAGAAAGCCAGGAAUCAUCACUGAUUGUGUGUUUAGGGAUUCCGAGCUAGUUGGAACACGUGCACACAGGGGGGAGGUAGAAGUACGCCUUGUCCUCCUGCAGCUGAGGGAGCAAAGAUAAACCCAAGAAGGCCAAGAAAUUAAAUUAAGUGGGUCAGCUCAAGGCUGUGUGCACAGGGGAGGGAGCUGAUUUAAACAACCCUGCACGUCUGAACGUGAGGGGGCCCUGGACCUGAAAUUAAGAAUAACACUCCCAGAGCAGAAGGUGAUGGCCACGGUGAGACGAGAAUAAGAGGGUUGUAUAUCUCUCAAGGAUGCAGACCCAGCUGAACAACAAGGCUGCGGGGGUCACCAGAAGUUCGCGUUCGCCUAGUUAAGACAAAAAGCUCAAUCAUUCUGUAUUGCUAUUAAAGUAACGUUAAAGUCGGAAUUUAACAACAGGGUAGGCUAAAGUUUGAUAUUCACACCCACUCCAAUUAAACCAGGUCACAAGUUACGCCUACUGAACCAUCACCAUCAUUAAGUCAAUAUGAAAUGUUAUUUCCAUACUUUAAUACUUUCUAUACAACUCGACCCGAAGCAUAUGCAUGAAAAGACAAAAGUAAAACUUAUGAAAAGCCAGGAUAACGGGAUGAAUCACCACCAGGUCGAAUAUAAAUACAUAAUAAAAAACGAUGUUAAACCCAGGGUCGGAGAGAAAGGGAGAUCCCGGCCGUCUUUGUAUCUCCGCAGCGCGGGAUAGGAGUGUGUAUACGCUCGGGGAAACACCUCCACUUGAGUCAAGCACCACGAUGGGAAACGACAGACCUUAGGUUACAUACAGAAUCAUAACUGUGAAAUAGUAAGGGACAAAUGUUAACUUAAAACUUCUUAACCAUUUCUUUGUGCGCCGGGUCGGAGAGAGUGUUGCCCCUCCCUCCAGGUGGUGCAACACGAACAAAGACGCCUAUGAGACGAUUUGUAACGUCUGUGUUUUGGGUUCAUGAAGAAGGCCAGACAAGAGAUAAUAUUGCACCCAGACAGAGAGACGACCUCGAGGCAAUUUGUAACAUCUGAUUGUUUGCUCGUGGGUUUUAUGGAGGGAGUGUGACAACGGAAUAUUCAGUGGGUGAUGCACACAAGGACAUACGGACAUACGGACACACACAUGGACACACCUGCCUACGGACAAAUCCUGACAGCAAAAAUCGAAAGAAGCCCCGCCUUGUGGGCGGGAUCCAGGGGGAUUUUUCGGCAUAAAGGAAAGGAUCCUGAGCAUUGGAAACUAGUGCGACCAGCGGGUCGGCUCACGUGGGGGGUGCGACCAGCGGGUCGGCUCAGGAGCGAGCUCGACCGGGAGGGUCGGCUCAGGAGCGAGUGCGACCAGCGGGUCGGCUCGACUCAUCUUCAGCUCGUCUGGGACUCAGCCGAGUUCGAUCGGCUUACCAAAGCCGGCUCUCGGGGCUCGACUCAAGCGGCUCCCCAUCUCCUCUGCAGGCGGGCAAGACCCGCUUAACAGCUCAACUCGGCCUGCGUGGGUCAACCUCUGCCGAGUCGGAGGUCUCUGCUGCCGCCGGAGUGGUGAGGGUCGCGGUUUGGCGACGAGGCUCCGUGCACACGACGACCCAACACUGCACGCUGCGAGCGAGUUGUGGGCGCCACCUACCGACCGGGUUCCGAACUGCGACAGCGUAUCAACGGGCAUCCGAACCAGUUCACCACGGUGACAGGGGAGCGACAGAUACGUAUGACGCGCACCGCCCCCUCACCACACGACCACCAGGCGUCUGUUUGACAUAAAGAAUCGACUCCGAACACUGACUAUUCAAGACAACUCUUACCACUCAAACACACUCGAACCCAUAAGCCAUCUGUGGCUGGGAAGGCAUCACAACGAGACCGAGUGAUGGCCAUCCGUCGUUUAUAAGAGUAUUCGUAAUUUUUAUCUUUAAUAUUUAGUGGGCUGUACUCUUAAUCGCAUAAAUUCCCAACAGAUCCAUCAAUACGAACUGAUUCUUGGCACCUCCUUCCGCCGAGCCACGCUCACGUGGGGAGUGGUGGCCCACCGGAUCCUUAUCAGGUGAUCUGGUCCCCAAUUAGUAAACUUGGUAUAAGAUAACGAUCUUCGGAAAAGGAGCACCGUCGCAGGCCCUUACUCCGAGCCGUUCUGUUGUCAGAUAACCUGCCGAUGUAUCUGUUGAGAUUGGUGCCUUUAAGAAUAAUAACUGUUUUUGAUUGUGUUUUUUUUAUCGCCGUAUAAUCUUUCAAGUAUCUUUCAGUCAUAAUCGCCGCACGUACUCGCAUCCUCUACAGAAUAUUCAACUGUCCCGUGACCCAAGGUGCUAACAACGUGAUAAGGGUUGCGUAUGAUCAAUAAGGAGUGCGGUACUGCGUGAACAAUAUUGAGUAUAAUCAUUCAUUAACGUUAAGGUUUUCUUAGCAUAGUAUUUGCAUAUUUUAACGACUCUCUCUCUCACUAACAACCAUCGCGUUAUGCGGGAUCCAUGUGCCGUUGUCAAAGUGAAAUCAGACAAUCGUUGAUGAUACUGUAUUGAUGCCGUGUUGACGUUCCGGGAUUGAGAGUUCGCAUACUAUAUCAUAGUUAAGGUUGAAUUAGUAAUAAAUUGAUCAAUACAGAAGUGGUUGUGUGAUUCUUUCCUGAAAUCUAUGCAUAAGAUCUGCUUCUGCGUCGAGAUCUGAACUUGGUGACCUUAAUAAACACACUAAUACAUACUCAGUAAAUGUUAAAGCGAUAACGGGGUGAACCGGGGACCUAAAAUAUAACCACGAAUACACACUCUGGGAAUGUUAAAGCGAGAAUGAGACGAACCUAGACAACGAUGCCGAGUUAAUCUAAGUUAAUCUUGCAUACUUACACCACACCUGCAUAACUGCAUACGAUUAAUUGCCUUAUUCCGAUCGAUAACCCACCCUCGUCACUGAGGCGGGGUCUGGUUAUCAUAACGACUUGCAUUAUCAUAAUUACACCCACUCGCAUAAUUAAUACGAUUACCUCUCGAAUUGGCAUAAUUAAAAUGUGCAUAAUUACAUAAAUUAACAUAUUUCCGGAUAAUUACACAUUUGGCCAAAUUUCAUUUAAUUAUUAUUAUUUUCACUGAAUAUUCAUAACCCACAUAUACAACAUAAUAAUUUCACCCACGCACGCAUACAACAUAACAAAUUUUGAUAACCAACAUAUACAACAUAAUGGGUGGCGUCGUCCGGGAUCUCUCGCAGACAGUUUAUGCAUGAAUUCAGGAACGAAUCACUGUUGUGUUAAUCAAAGUGUUGUGAACUAACGUUGCCUUGUGAUUGUAAACGGGGGUAUACAAACAAAACGCGCUCUGAAGGGAAAUACCAGAGUAGCAGAGUAUAACAAAGACAGCUGGGCUGAGAUUAUUUGCUCGAGUUGAACUGACGCAUCCUGUGAUACAAUUGUUUAUAUGUGCUCUGAAGGGGAAUUCUAGAGUAACUCACGACGCACAUGAGAUGUUAGAAUUAAGAUACACUCUUAAGUCUAUUAACCACACUACAUAAUAGAGAUGGCACAGGAUCCACAACAUUCUGAGUUUGACACACCAACGCAUAACACUGAUACAGAGUGGACCUCUGAGGAGGAGAUGGAAUCUAUGGAAAAACAAUAUCGGGAAUUUGUGUUAAAACGUACUGGACGGACUGCUAGCCAGCAGACGGAGCAGAGAGAUAUAUGGGAGGGGAGCCAUACAGAAGAUGUUAAGGCCCAUAGAAGGAAACUACUUAAGGAUGUGAUGAAAUGUGGCAAAGCCAAACGUGACGUAAAAAUUGCAGAAAUAGCGAGGGUAGACUCGUAUCUCCUCGCACAGACAGACAGAGAAAGAUUAUGGAAUGAGGAAAAAUUUGAAAGGGAGAGACAAGAGAAACUGUCCUUAAUGGUGCAGGUAGAGCGUCUGCACGCCCUCGUGAGAGAGAAAGAAUCCGCACUAAAUGCACCAGUGAAACACCCAGACGUUGAUAUACAGAACACAUACGGGAGUAACAAUUUACCACACUCCGAGCCACGUGGACGUAGCCCAGGGCCAGAUCUCACAACGAGUAUGGCUACUAUGCAAAGCAAUUUUGAUAAAGUAACACCCUCGCAAAUCGAGGAGAGAGAAGAGGAAAUAAUAAUACAAACGGGAAAACAUGAGGCCGACCACCCCAACGUUAGAGAGAGACAAAUAAUUAACCCUAAGUCAUCAGGAUACACUGUAAUGAUAGAGCGGAAAAGGGCGGAGCUGGUGCAAGACGGGAAACAUGACAUAAACAGCACACCAGGCAGACGCACGCUACGCAAGUAUGGCCGACAUGAUGCAGAUGACAAAGACAGCUCACCAGAGAAACGCACCUCGCACAAACACGACCAACACGACACGGGUAACAGGAGCUCACCAGAGAGACGCACAUCACACAAGCAUGAGCCAUGGGAUAAGCAGAAAUCACCGAGCCAAGUUGACCCACGUAACAGGUGCAAAAGGCACUACAAAAGUUAUGUUAAGCAGAGCCACCGUGAUGGUGACGGCUCAUCUGACACUGACUCCUCUGACGAUGACCAAUACGACAUGGGUAACAGAGAGAGCUCACCAGAGGGACGCAUGACAUGUAAAAAUCACCCGUGCAAAACUACCCGCACCACAGAUGACAGAGACAGGAAUCCCGAUAACCAUGAAGCACGAGACAAACAUAAAUGCAACACCUCACCUAGCAGGCACCACACACGUAGUAGGCAGCAUGAAGGUCAAGGACAAAAACACUCACCACAUAGACACCGCUCAAGGAGAUCACGCACACCAACCCACAAGCACGAAUCACAAGACCCACAUAAGGAAAACAAGAGACACAAGCAACGGGACAGAUACGAAUCCUCGGACAGAGGGAGAUCACGACACAGACACGGGACACAUGACAACAGUGAUAGUGGAGACAAGGGUAGCUCAAGGGAGCACUCCUCAGGAACCGACACCACUGAUGACGAACAACACACUUUAAACAGUAAGACACUAAAACUAAUGGACAAAGCACUCGUGAGAAUUCCCUAUUUCGAUCCACAUAACAAGAACAGGGAUAUACACACUCACAUAGCUACAGUAGAACAGGAGGCUAAGAUCCGGGGUCUGGGUAAAUCAGCAGAAAAGGCAUGUUUAUUAUCAAGGAGCCUACAUGAACCCGCCAGACCAUGGGUAGCCUCCCUGCCAAAUAGGGUGAAGAGUGACUUUAAACAACUGAGCCUGACAGUGAUUCGGAAAUUUGGAGAAUAUUCGACACUCACUGAAGGGUUUUAUGCUGUAAAAUCGAUGACCCAGGGCAUGGACCAAGAUCCACGUGACUACCUCGUACAAUUUAAAAGAGCGUAUUACGCAGGCGAUGUGAAUCAAUACCACGAAGGAGAUAAAAUGUUCAAAAUUAUGUUUUUUGAAUCCUUGAGCCCAGAGAUUACAGAAAGGGUGAGAAUGGUUUUGAAUCCAGAAACCGCAUCCUUACGCCGCAUAGAGAGCAAGGCGUACAUGGCAUGGUUAUACAGAGCUAAGAAUCAUAAUUCGGAUCCAGAACACAGGGAGAGGGAUAAAGAACCCAGCCUCUCAGAGAGGAAUAAAAAUCACCGAGCAGUCCCACCAUGCAGGGAGCAGCAAAAACGCACGCACACAUGGCAAAAUAACCCAGAGAGAGGUUGGCACGAGAAUGAGAGCGGCACAAAGCCGAACAUUCAGGAGAAUCGCAGGAGGGAGAGGUUCAGAACAGAACCAUAUCAACACCCCAUGCCACGACACACGCAAGGUUCAAAUUACGCACAGAGAUGGCAAGAUAACCACCUAGCGGGAAGGUGUUACACAGACCGCGGAGGUAUGGAUGCGAACAUUCAGGAGAAUCGCAGGAUGGGAGGUCAAACACAAUCGAUCCAAUUCCGGCCAAUUCCUCCACCGGCUAUACCAGGAGGGAAUAGAGGAAUAACACAGAAUGCGGUCCAAAUACAUGAUAAACAACCCACAGUGAGCGCGAGCGAGCGGCCAACACGCGCCCCACCCGCCGAGGUGUUAAACCCGGAGCUCAAUGUGAAAUACAGGCAGGCUGCAAGUGACAGGGCGGGCAAACACGUGGACAGUGAUACGUAAAUGACGCGCGGAUCGAAUACAAGAACAGGGAUGAUCAUACUAGUCCUGGCUAUUCUAACCUUAACAUACCAUGUGGCCAAAAUGAAUGCCGAACUUAAAAGACUAAUCGCAGGCACAAGCCACCUACCAUUCAAGCCCAGGAACAGGGAUAGAGCCAAGGCCUGAUGAUGCCACCCAAGAAUAACCGUAGAAACUAUCUUUUUAACGAUAUCUCCUAUAACACGUAGUCAAUAGAAUAAUUUUUCCCUCCCUUAUCGUUUUACCUUCCUUUAGAAUUUUUUUCUUUUUCUUUUUUCCUCUCUCUUGUCACAUAUAACCAUGUUAAGUUGUGACACGUACGCGCGCGUUGUAAGGAAUAGCAGCAAAACUUGAGGACAAUCGAUGGUUCAUGAUGGAAGAAGGGUAUACAUUUUUUUUAAAAAUAACCCGUGGCCAUUUAACCACUGGUCAUUUUUAAAAGGGCGGAAUGUUGUAU